GAGGUCACUGAAGGCAGAAAUAGAAAUGAGCCCUCUGGUGGACGUACGCUGCUGAACGUUUCAUAACAAACAUCAUGGCUAUCCCGUUGGUCAGGAUUUUCUCAAAGUCUUUCAAACAACUCUCUCGUCCAUGGGGGGCAUGCCAGGCAGGAUGGAGGAGCACUUCCUCCAGAUCUGUCCCAGAUGUGGCUUCACACCAUCCCGCCGAGGUGGUCUCCUCUUUCCCUCCACUUCAGACAUACACAGAGGAGGAAGGCAUGAUGAGGGAAGCAGUGAAAAAAUACGCACAGGAGCGCAUCUUCCCACUUGUGUCACAAAUGGAUGAGAAUUCGCAGAUGGAUAAGGAAGUGAUCAAAUCCCUCUUUGAACAAGGUCUCAUGGGCAUUGAGAUCGACCCCGAAUAUGGCGGGACUGGCUCCUCGUUUUUCUCCUCUAUUCUGGUCAUCGAGGAGCUGGCGAAGGUGGAUCCCUCUGUGGCUGUACUAUGUGACAUCCAGAACACUCUGAUCAACACGCUGUUUGUCAAACUCGGUACCCCAGCUCAGAAAGAGAAGUACCUCAAUCGACUGUCAACAGACAUGAUUGGAAGCUUCUGUCUCUCUGAAGCAGAGUCGGGAAGCGAUGCUUUUGCUCUGAAGACGCGUGCUGAAAAGCACAAGGACUAUUAUGUAAUCAAUGGAUCCAAGAUGUGGAUCAGUAAUGCAGAGCAUGCUGGUGUUUUCCUGGUAAUGGCCAAUGUGGAUCUCUCUGCUGGAUACAGAGGCAUCACCUGCUUCAUCGUGGACCGGGACACCGAGGGGCUAGAAAUUGGCAAGAAGGAGAACAAGCUUGGACUGCGGGCCUCCUCCACCUGCCCGCUCAACUUUGACAAUGUCAAGGUGCCAGAGAAGAACAUUUUAGGAGAGAUCGGUCAUGGCUAUAAGUAUGCCAUCGGGAUGUUGAAUGAGGGUAGGAUUGGAAUAGCAGCACAGAUGCUUGGAUUGGCACAGGGUUGCUUUGAUCACACUGUUCCUUACACCAGACAGAGGGUGCAGUUUGGAAAACGUAUCUUUGACUUCCAGGGGAUGCAGCACCAAAUUGCCCAUGUAGCAACACAGAUUGAAGCCGCUCGGCUGUUGACGUACAACGCUGCUCGUCUGAAAGAAGCCGGAAGAACUUUCAUUAAAGAGGCCUGCAUGGCUAAAUACUUCAGCGCAGAGGUUGCCACCCUUACCACAUCAAAGUGCAUCGAGUGGAUGGGAGGAGUAGGCUUCACUAAAGACUACCCUAUUGAAAAAUACUACAGAGACUGUAAAAUUGGUACCAUUUAUGAGGGCACGACGAAUAUCCAGCUGUCCACUAUGGCCAAGUUCAUUGAUAAGGAGUACAAUGUUUGAAACUCUAUGAGCAAAGCCUAAACGAUUGUACUCUGCGAUGUUACACUCCGCAUUUCCCCCCCCAGUGAUUAUAAUGGGAUUGAUCCAGACCAUACUACUAUAGAUUAGUUCUCGUGCAGCAGCUCAUAGUUACUGGUGUUUUGGUUACGUUUCUUCAGGUUUAGAGAUAAAGCUGCUCUGGUUUAAUGAUGUUUAUUUUGCUUUUUGUAUUCAGUGAGCUUUCCAUCGAUUCAAAUACAAUGAGUAACAAACUGUAUAUCAUUUUAAGACCUUUACAACCUUCACCCCACAUUUGUUCUAGGAUUAUUAUUAAUGUAACAGUAACAUAAAUGAUCCAUACAUUUGCAAUGUGGGAGUUAGUUGUUGAAAGCUGAUGAUUAGGAUUAUGUUUUGGUGCCUUCGGAAGAUUUGCGAUUACUGAGAUCAGUGAUGUAAAGGUGUGUGUUCUCUCUGUAUGAUUCUACAUCCUUUUAUGAAGUCAUCUGUAAAGAAUGAUCUGUCAGUACUAUUAAAUGUGAAGUAUGCUGUA